AUCCAGUUCCCCAGUUCGCAUCAAGACGUCGAGGGUUGUGGGUGCUGCUCGGUCGGCAAUACAGGUGCACCAAUCAUUUCACCGGAGUUACGAAUGUCAAUGUUAAUUAAAUCGUUAGCUAGCGUGUGAUUCUGCCGGUCUCCAAAGCCCCAGGCAGCGUAACCGGUUCCAUAAAGUGUUCGCAUAUUUACACCCACUUCCCAGGGAAUUCCCCAUAGCCAAAACUUUUUGUCCGCGGCGGGAGUGAGAAAUAUUGAGAAAGAGCCGCGUUAUAAACACUGUGGAUGUGAGGAUCCCUUGAUUUCUCGAGAAACGUUUAUGUGGUUACCCACCUUGAGCCACAGACUCUUCCCAGAGCCAAUUUGCAUAAGCAAACCUGAUAAAAAACACACAACUCGAACCGCAAUCGAAUUUAAAACCGAAAUCAUGUUUCGUUGACGCUUUUUCAAGGCGUAAACCCCACUAAAAACUCACGGAGGUUUUUGUUUACCCAUCUAUACCUGGUCAGUGUUUUAUUAGCGAUAUAGCCGUUCGAGCAAUGCAAGUGCCAGCCAAGUAUCCCACUGAUCUAUAACCGGAAAGUGAGCGAACUAAAAAACAACAGGAAGAACUCUGUUGAUCAGCAGCAGACAACUUAAAGUUGUCCACAUUAUUCAUCGCCUUUUUACCGGAGCUGUAACCUUCAUUAUGCCGAAGAAAAUCCAGCAACGGGGCGGACCCCUCUACUGCGGGGUCACCCUGCUGGGGGUCCUCUGCCUGGUUGUGUUCCGCCUUAUCCCGGGGCUUCCCUUCGGGGCUUACGUCAUGGCCGAGAGGGACCACUACCACACGAUCGACGACCCGAACGUUCCCUGCAACUUCUACGACACGGUCAACCUGACGGGCCACACGGUCUUCUCCAACGGGAGCUACGACUACUACGGCACGAUCAUCCCCAGGAACCUGGUCGGGGUGUACGACUACGUGCACAAGUCGCUCACGGAGCGCAUCGAGGUGCCGGAGCACGUGAGGGGCUGUGUCUGCAAGCUGAAGCCCUGCAUCAACAUCUGCUGCCCCUGGCGACAGCUCUUCAACGCCGAGAAGGGCGAGUGCAUGGUGGAGCCCAGGGACAACCGCACCUGGCCGGACCCGCCCAUGAUAAACGUGACGUUCGCCAACGAGACGAUCGAGCCGGUCAACAUCUUCCACCACUUCGCGAUCCAGAGCUUCCGACCCUGCCCCAAGAUGUUCUCCCUGCAGCCGCAGCUGUUCAACUUCGACGACUACCGCAUCUUCGGGAACGGGUCGAUGCUCCGCCUGGACGACGAGCUGCUCAUCAGGAAGAACGAGUUCUGCAUGGUGCCGACCUUCGUGAACGAGACGGACAUGGUCUACAGCCUGAACCCGGCCAACUGCGACAUGUCGGACGACAACAACACCGUGAAGAUCAUCAACGCGUACGCCAUGCUCUUCUCCAUCCCCUUCAUGAUGCUGACCAUCGCCGUGUACCUGCUGAUCCCCGAGCUGAGGAACCAGCACGGCAAGAGCCUGGUCUGCUACUUGGUGGGCCUCUCCGUCGGCUACAGUCUGAUGUGCUACAUCCAGCUCAACGUCCACAUCGACGCCUCGGGGCUGAAGUGCAAGAUGUUCGGGUACACGAUCUACUUCUUCUUCAUGUCCGCCUACUUCUGGCUCAGCGUGAUCAGCUUCGACCUGUGGCACAACUUCCGCGGGACGAGGGGCAUCAACCGGUUCCAGGAGAAGAAGCGCUUCCUGAUCUACUCGCUGUACUCCUGGGGCAUGGCCGUCGUCUUCCUGGCCUUCACCGUCUGCGCCCAGGAGUUCUUCGACUGGCCCAAAUCCCUGAGGCCGGGCAUCGGGGACGGCACGUACUGCUGGCUGGACAUGUCCACGUGGUCGGCAAUGAUCUACUUCUACGGGCCCAUCAUGGUGAUCGUCGUGGCCAACACGGUCAUGUUCAUCAUGACGGCGAUCAAGAUCCACGGCGUGCAGCGGGAGAUGGCCAGGAUCAUCGCGAGCGAGAACAGCACCAAGAACCUGCGCACCGAGAAGGACAAGUUCGGCCUCUUCCUGCGCCUCUUCCUGAUCAUGGGGGUCACUUGGAGCUCGGAGCUGCUCUCCUACUUCGUCGGCGCCGACAAGAACUGGUCGAAGCUCUUCUACAUCUCGGACCUGGCCAACGCCAUGCAGGGCUUCCUCAUCUUCAUGCUGUUCGUUAUGAAGAAGAAGGUCAAGCACUUGAUCACAAACAGAUGCUCGAGUGUGCGCGACGGCAGCAACCAACGUCAGAGCCAGUACUCCACCAAAACCACGUCGAGCAGCGUGGCCAACCUGUCGCUGCACGAGAAGCCGUCGGUGGAGAAGCCGCUGGUGAUCAGCUCGAGUGUGGACCCGCCGAGAACCACCAUCUUUCGCUGAGCACCUCCAGUCGCCUUGGGCCGAGCAUCGAAUAGUCUAUAGUCUGGGAUGUCUCCAGGAAAGGGAGAUUGAUGUUUCAACAAAGGAUUCUUUGGUGCAAUUGAAGGAUUGACUAGGAUUGCCCAAAGAAUAUCCUAAGCUAUUUAUGUUCUUUGUCAUAACGUCAAUAUCACCCUGAUUUCGGGAAUGUCUUACAGAUGGCGUAGAAGCAGCCAUAUAUGGAUAGUACUUUAUGAAAGACACUACUAUAGGAGGAAGUCCCUAUCCACAAAACCCCAAAAACCACCCUCGCCCCUCUCUCUCUCUUUUUAAAUGUCACGCGACCACGAACAACCUGAUUAGUUUUAUAAGUACGCUGUGCAGCUCCAUAUCUUGCAUUUAUGUCUAUAAAUAUUAUAUCACCUGCUAAGAGAGAUCAAAUUUUGAACUUCUUCGCUAAUUUAAGUCAUUCGGCAACCAUCAGCAUAUACGUAAAAUACAGGUGUGCCUUGAUAAAACUUAGAAUACCAUUUUGUUAUUUGUACCACUCUAUUCGCCUAUGCGUACCACUUUCCAUAUCUGUAUUUGCAUUAUCUAAACUAAUGUUACAGAAUAAACGAGAGUUAUACUUGUAUUUCAAGCUUAAUAAAGCCAAAGAUAAGUGAAA